AUGAAGUUCAAUUGUGGAAUAUUGUCGGCGGUAAUAUUCUGGGAUGUAGUGAUGUUGGAGCGAAAGCACUUUAUGUCCAUUAAAACCCUAUUUGGCCACACCAGUCUAUCCCCAGAUCACAAAUAUCUUGCUGUAUCCAACCUCUGUACUGGAUUUUAUCUAUAUCAACUAGAAACUGGGGAACCAUGGGGGUGCUUGCAGCAAGCUAUCAGUGCUGGUCUGUGGGUCCCGGUCAAGUACAUUCAUGGCGGAUUUGCUGUCAUGGGCGGCAGUACUUCAGGACAGCUAAAUAUCUGGGAUUUUUCCACUCACAAGAUCUUGCAGACAUUGACGCAUGAUGACUGUGACAGAAUCUUAGCAAUUGAUGCACAUGUCCAUGCUGGUACCACUGGCAAGAAUCUAUUUAUGAUCGCUGCUGGAGUGUCACAGUUAGGUAGUGGAAAGUCUUCCAUACAGCUUUGGCACACAGUCGAAAUUGGACAGGGUGCUGCCUCACCACUACAUGAACCACACAAAAAGGUGAACAUAUGA